AUGGACGACAUUGACGCUGCCUUCGACGACGCCUAUCGCACCAAUCGGAUCGAAGAGGGUGACGAUCCGAGCACGCUACCGAACCCUUAUUCUCGGCCCUCACUUGCGGCACCUACCUCGAAGACUCCUUCGACUGAAUCAAGUAAUGCAGGGGGAGGUUUUAUUGUAGACCAGGUUGAAGCUGGAUAUGAAUCCGGAGGUGGAGGCUUCAUGGUCGAUGAGGCUGACGACGAGCAAGCUGGAGGUGGGUUCAUCCUUGACGAUGACGAAUCAGCCAUGAGAGGAGGCGGCUUCAUUUUCGAGGACGAAGACGAUCAUGCAGCAUCAUCGUCGUCAUCUCCGCGAGCUGCCGAGAACACUAGACCGAAGAAUAUUCCGCUUAGCGCUAUCCCCGAGGCACUCGCCAAUCUAGGCCUCGAUUCGGCCGACCCAUCCGUGCUCUCCCUGUUUGCCGACACAGCAUAUGUGCCCUCGUCGGCAUCACGAAGGCGACUGGCUCCCGGUGUCAAGCCGGAAAAAGUGGUGGGGAGACAAGAGUUCCAGCAGGUUGCGUCGAUCCUUCUGGACGAGAUGCGGAGUCGAAGCUCAUCAUCGAAGACUCAAAAGCGAAAUGCGCAGGAUCGAGCAGAGGAGGACCAGGAUGAUUCGGAUCAUUCGGAACCACGCGGUCGUCGACGGCCUACACGGAAGGCUGCUGCGCAAGGGCGACGAAGGGCUGCCGAAAUUGUUGCUCAGGACGACGAUGAUGGGGCUAAUGCAGGAGGAGGUUUCAUUGUCGACGAAGAAGCAGACGACUCGGAAGAAGACUUUGAAGCUUCGAGACAACGACGACGCCGUCGAACAAACAAAGCGCGUGCACUGGACACCGGGUCUGACUUGACCAGCGAUGGGGACGACGACGACGACGAAGCAGAGCUGGGGGAUCCUACCCGACGCCGACGCCGACGCGGUGGUGCGCGUGCAGCCGUCUCCCCUUCGCCUUCCCCCUCGUUUGACGACGACUCCGAACAGAACACACCCAAGCGUCAACGCAGAACUCGCAAAUCCCCCUCCGCACCCACCAUCCGGUCCCUCACCCAUCUCAACCCCCUCCAACGAGCCACAACCUCGGACCUCUACCAACUCCUCCUCGAUCGUCUCCCGCCGUCCGCCUUCCCCUCCGCCCAACGCCGGAUCGGCACCACGGAGCUCACCGCCAUCUUCGAGGCUAUCGGCGAGAAGUUGCCACCCAAGGAGAUCGAAGAGAUGCUCGAGGAGGGCGCAAAGCUGUUUGCGCCUGCUACUGCGGAUGAGGCUGGAUCGGCAGAGCGGAAGUCGAGUCAGGCGAUCAAGGGUGUCGCUGCUGCACAGGGGAUUGCGGGCGCCAGUGUGGGCUUGGACGAGUUUGCGGGUAUCUUGGUUCACAAUCGGCUCUUGUAG